AUGGAAGGAGGCUUGAACCAUAUGAUCAAGACCCCAUUCUUGUCAUGUGAAGAUGAAAGGGCCAACAAACAUGGUUUAGUUGGAAGCAGUAACUCUGUUGCUGCUAUGAAAUGUGAUUUCUUCUCCAAAUUGCCUGACAAGGUUCGGUCUGGCUUCGAUCCUGAGGCCCCUUUCCAUCUUAACCUUUCUAAAACCACUGGCUUGAUAGAAGGGGAAAGAGAAUACUAUGAGAAGCAAUUUGCCACCCUAAGGUCUUUUGAGGAAGUUGACUCUCUAGAAUCACCCCAUGUCAUUGAUGAAGAGGAAGAUCGAAAAGAACAAGCCCAGCAUGAGAAAGCAAUGAACAUUUCUAAUUGGGCAAACAUCUUUCUGCUUGCUUUUAAGGUAUACGCUUCACUAAAGAGUGGAUCCUUAGCUAUUGCAGCAUCAACACUAGAUUCUUUGCUAGAUCUUAUGGCUGGUGGUAUACUUUGGUUCACACACUUGUCCAUGAAAAACAUAAAUAUCUACAAGUACCCUAUUGGGAAAUUGAGAGUGCAACCAGUAGGCAUCGUUGUAUUCGCGGCUGUCAUGGCUACUCUUGGUUUUCAAGUGCUUAUCCAGGCCCUUGAACAACUGAUCAAGGACAAACCUUCUGAGAAGAUGAUUUCACAAAACUUGAUCUGGUUGUAUGCCAUCAUGCUGACAGCUACUGGAGUUAAACUUGUCCUUUGGUGUUAUUGCAGAAGCUCUGGAAACACAAUUGUCCGCACAUAUGCAAAGGAUCAUUAUUUUGAUGUGGUAACAAACUUAGUUGGUUUGGUUGCUGCUGUUCUUGGUGAUAUAUUCUGUUGGUGGAUUGACCCUGUUGGGGCUAUCAUCCUAGCAUUCUACACAAUUUCCAAUUGGUCCGGAACUGUGCUAGAAAAUGCAGUUUCUCUGGUUGGACAAUCAGCUCCUCCUCAAGUGUUGCAGAAAUUGACAUACCUCAUCCUAAGGCACCACAGAUUAAUAAGACGUGUCGAUACAGUUCGUGCCUACAUGUUUGGGGUUCUUUAUUUCGUUGAGGUUGACGUAGAACUGCCAGAAGAUUUGCCUUUAAAAGAAGCUCAUGCAAUUGGAGAGUCAUUGCAAAUCAAGAUUGAAGAGCUCCCAGAAGUCGAACGGGCGUUCGUUCAUCUCGAUUAUGAAUGUGACCACAAGCCAGAGCACUCUGUUCUGAGCAGGCUCCCCAGCAGCCAUGCUUAA